AUGGAUCCUCUCUACGCUAACUCUACCGGGUUUGUCCACUCUCCCGGUUUUGUUAACCUCUCAUCUUCACAGAACACUCAAACAAUAGACGUAGAGUCUUCUCAGUUCCCUAGCUUUAGUAGUCAGAGCUCUGUAGGUCCUACGCCAUUGGAAAGGCGGAAGUGGACGGCAAAAGAAGACUUGGUGCUGAUCAGUGCUUGGUUGAACACCAUCAAGGAUCCGAUUGUCGGUAAUGAGCAGAAGGCAGGGGCGUUUUGGAAGAGAAUAGAGGUCUACGUUAACGCCAGCCCUCAGCUCAAUGGCUGUCCUCCUAGAGAGUCUAGUCAGUGUAAGCAGAGGUGGGGGAGAGUGAACGACUCGGUGGGGAAGUUUGUAGGAUCCUUUGAGGCCGCUUUGAAGAACCAAGCUAGUGGCCAAAACGAGAAUGAUUACCUGUCCAAAGAUGGUGCAAAGGACAAAGGCAAGGAAUCUGCGGACAAGAGGAAGGAUCAAGCGGAGGUGGUGGUCGAGGAUGAUGAGGUGCGGCCUCCUGGUGUUAAGGCUAGCAAAGCAGCGAAACGGAGGAAGCACGGGAAUGAAGCAGCUUUUGAUCAAAUAAACGACAUCCUCCAAGCCAGAAGACACACUAUCUGA